AUGUCGAGUAUUUUAUGCUCAGUUAGGGGCUGUCAUAACAGUUGGGUUAAAAGAAGAAAGCAAUUGCACCAAAUAUGUUACGAACACAAUGUGAAGCAGCUUGAGUGUUGUGGAGCACUUUAUAAUUUACACCCACCACCUAAAGAUGAGGAACACCUGAGGCAGUGGCUGAAAGCGCUAAACUUGAAGCGUCCACCCAAGCGUCCUUAUGUUUGUUCAUACCAUUUCACGGAGGGGAAGCCGACUGACCAACACCCUUAUCCCGAAAAAUGGCUUGGUUACGAAGUUCCGUUAAAGAAGCCACGCCGGGUGCUGAAAAGAUUGUCAGAUUCAGAAGCAUCGACGAGUGUCAGUGUUGCAGUGAACAACAGUGAGGAUGAUACCAUCCACAUGCCCCUGAGCUGUGAUAAAGAAACGCAGUGGGAGGAUUCAUCUGUCUCUGAUCACAACUACACUUUAACACCGCAACUCAUCUUGAAGCCUGCUAAAUCAGAAAUGGGAACACAAUGUGUUGAGCUGGCACCAUUGUACAUUUCUCUCUUGAGAAACGACCACCUUUGUCAGCUCUACACAGGGUUGACAUUGGAUGCAUUUCAUUCAGUUGCCAAAAACCUUACCAAUACCAAUACAUACACCAACAGCUUCCAGCUACACACUUCGGAUCAGCUCCUGAUGACACUGAUGAAGCUGCGUCUAAAUUUAUUGCAGGGUGAUCUUGCUGAAAGGUUUGGUAUUUCUCAGUCUAUUGUAAGCAAGGUGAUUUCGUGUUGGAUUGACAUCAUUGAGGAAAACAUGAGGUAUUACAUACCAUGGCUACCAAGGGAGACAAUCCAGGCAACAAUGCCUCAGUGUUUCAAAGAACAUUUUCCAAAUACAACAUGUGUGAUUGACUGUUCAGAGACACCCCUUCAAAAGCCACGCAACCUUGACUCGAGAGGUGAGUCCUACAGCCAUUACUAUGGCCAGAACACCAUCAAAUACCUGGUCUGCAUUGCACCAUGCGGACUGAUCAUGUUUAUUUCACCAGCAUAUGGAGGAAGGUGCAGUGAUAAAUUCAUAACUGCUAAUUCAGGGUUCCUGGAAUACCUUCGCCCAGGCGAUGAAGUAAUGGCAGACAGGGGCUUCACUAUUAAUGAUCUCCUCUAUGAAAGGAAGGUAAAACUUGUCAUUCCUGCCUUCACCAAGAAAGGCAUGCAACUCUCUGAAGAAGACACCACCAACACUAGGCGCAUAGCUAAUGUACGUGUCCACGUUGAGCGAGUCAUAUGCAGACUAAAAAACUUCAAAGUGCUUUCUCAAACAGUUCCAAUUAACCUCACUCCUAAAAUUGAUAAAAUUUUGAGAAUUUGUGCAGCCCUAUGUAACCUUCGAAGCGACAUCAUUUCUGAUGUAGAGGAUGAGUAA